ACAAGCACAGAAGAAAACUUUCAGUCAUACAAGAAUCACUCCUGAGGGUUGAGGGGGACACUAUUAAACCUGAUGACUCAUUUUGUCUUUCAAUAAGUAAAUCACAUUUUAUCUGAGGUCGCCACUUGCGUCAGGAAGUCAAUAUGUUUGCGGUCCAUUUGCUGUCCUUUUACUUCUCAAAGCUUCAGGAGGAUCAGAUCAAGAAGGUAGACCGGUAUCUGUACGCAAUGCGCUUAUCAGAUGAUCAGCUGGCGGACAUAUCAGCUCGGUUUCGGCGGGAGAUGGAGAAAGGACUGUCAAACGAGAGCAAUGCUACAGCUGCAGUGAAGAUGCUCCCGACCCACGUUUAUUCAACACCUGAUGGCUCAGAGAAGGGUGAGUUUCUGGCACUGGAUCUGGGGGGUUCCAAAUUUAAGGUACUACAGGUGAAGGUUUCAGAAGAUGGGAAGGGGAAAGUCCAGAUGGAGAGUGAAACCUUUCCCAUCCCUGAAGAGAUCCUUAAUGGCAACGGAAUUGAGCUUUUUGAGCAUGUGGCAGAAUCUUUGAAGUCUUUUCUACAGAAACACCACAUUAAUCACACAAGAAAACCUCUCGGCUUCACCUACUCUUUCCCAUGUGCGCAAUCCAAAAUAGAUGAGGGUGUCUUGCUGUCAUGGUCAAAGAAUUUCAAGGCUAGAGGUGUUCAAGGGAAAAAUGUGGUGCAGUUAUUACGGAAAGCCAUUCAAAAAGUUGGGGAUGUUGACGUGGAUGUCCUGGCUAUGGUCAAUGACACAGUAGGGGCCAUGAUGACCUGCGGAUAUGAUGACCAGAACUGUGAGGUGGGGGUUAUUAUAGGUACAGGCACUAAUGCGUGUUACAUGGAGGAAAUGCGACACGUUGAUCUGGUGGAAGGAGAUGAAGGCAGGAUGUGUAUUAAUACUGAAUGGGGGGCAUUUGGAGAUGAUGGUGUGCUUGAUGAUUUCAUCACAAGCUUUGACCGUGAAAUUGAUGCCGCCUCAAUUAAUCCAGGAAAACAGCUUUUUGAAAAGAUGGUGAGUGGGAUGUACAUGGGAGAGCUUGUGAGACUCAUCCUGCUGAAGAUGGCCAAAAAGGGUCUACUCUUUCGUGGCCAAGUCUCUGAUGCUCUCCGAACCAAGGGAACUUUCCAGACCAAACAUAUCUGCUUGAUUGAACAGUAUAAAGGAGGUUUGGAGAAUACCAAGGAGAUCCUGGAAGACCUGGGUCUAAAUCCCAGUGAAGAUGACUGCAUUGCUGUCCAGCAUGUCUGUACCAUUGUCUCCUUCAGGUCAGCUAAUCUGGUUGCUGCCGCUUUGGCUGCCAUUCUGACACGGAUCCGAGAAAACAAGAAGCUGAAAACCCUUCGGACCACAGUAGGAGUGGAUGGGACGGUUUACAGAACGCAUCCACAGUACCCCAAGAGGCUCCACAAGGUGGUCCGCCAUCUGGUGCCAGACUGUCAUGUCCGUUUUGUGCUGUCUGAAAGUGGCAGUGCAAAAGGUGCCGCCAUGGUGACUGCAGUAGCUCAGCGGUUAGCUUCCCAAAGGAAGGAGAUUGAUGAUACUCUCGCAGCCUUCGCCUUGAGCCCCACACAACUUCAGGAAGUGAAGGCGAAGAUGCACAUGGAGUUGGAACGAGGCUUGAAGAAAGACUCCCAUCCCACUGCCUCAGUCAAAAUGCUGCCCACAUAUGUUUACAGGACUCCAGAUGGGACAGAAAGAGGAAAGUACCUUGCUCUGGAUCUCGGUGGAACCAAUUUCCGUGUGUUGGUGGUUAAGAUUCGUACUGGUAUGCGAAAUUCAGUCAGGAUGUACAACAAGAUUUAUGCAAUUCCACUGGAGAUCAUGCAAGGCACAGGAGAGGAGUUGUUUGACCACAUAGUUCAGUGUAUCUCGGAUUUCUUGGACUAUAUGGGGAUGAAGAACACUCGUUUGCCUCUUGGCUUCACCUUCUCUUUCCCAUGCAAUCAGACAGGUAUUGAUAAGGGAGAUCUGGUCUGCUGGACGAAAGGCUUCAAAGCUACAGAAUGCGAGGGGUAUGAUGUUGUGGAUAUGCUGAGAGAGGCCAUCAAAAGACGAAAUGAAUUUGACCUUGAUAUCGUUGCUAUAGUGAAUGACACAGUUGGCACAAUGAUGACAUGUGCAUAUGAGGACCCUAAAUGUCAGAUUGGUCUUAUUGCUGGAACGGGAAGCAAUGUGUGUUACAUGGAGGAGAUGAAGAAUAUUGAGUUUGUGGAGGGUGAUGAAGGCCAGAUGUGUGUGAACACUGAAUGGGGAGGAUUUGGGGAAAAUGAUAAUAUCGAGGACAUCCGGACCAGAUAUGACAGAGAAGUGGAUGGAGGCUCACUCAAUCCAGGAAAACAAAGGUUCGAAAAGAUGACCAGUGGAAUGUAUUUGGGAGAGAUUGUAAGGCAAAUCCUCAUUGAUCUCACAAAGCAUGGUCUUCUGUUUCGUGGUCGCAUCACAGAGAGACUGAAGACCAAAGGCAUCUUUGAGACCAAGUUCCUCUCUCAGAUUGAGAGUGACCGUUUGGCACUACUGCAAGUGAGGUCUAUUCUGCAGAGUCUGGGCUUGGACAGCACAUGUGACGACAGUAUUAUUGUGAAGGAAGUGUGUGGAGCUGUUUCCCAUCGAGCAGCUCAGAUCUGUGGAGCAGGAAUGGCUGCUGUUGUAGACAAAAUCAGAGAGAACCGUGGUCUGGACAAUCUGGAGAUUACUGUGGGAGUGGACGGCACCCUUUACAAGUUACAUCCACACUUCUCCACAAUCUUAAAGGACACUGUCAGAGAGCUCGCGCCCAAUUGUAAGGUGGAUUUCAUCCUAUCAGAGGAUGGCAGUGGGAAAGGGGCGGCCCUGAUCACAGCUGUAGCACAACAGCAUCAUAUAGAGAAACAAGAACCUCACUAGAUGGUUUCUUUGAGGGCUGAUAUGUUGUUUUAAGAGUUCAGGUUUCUAUAAGUAAUCAUAAAGAUUUAUCAAAUGACAACACUCACAAAUUCUUGCUCAUUUUGCAGCUUGCAUAUAAUUUUUUUUUAUUUUUGCAUACAAAAAUGUGCGAAAAUCAGGUACAUUGGCAGAAAAGUGUUCAUUUAUUACUUUUUAUUAUUUUAUUUUGAAUGUAUUAAUUAGUGCAAUAAAGACUGCAUUGAUGUUCAUCAUGUUCAGCAUCGUUUCACUCUCACUGUACAUUGCCACUUUGAAGGGCUUUUUUCUCGUUGUAUUUUUGUUCCGACUCAGUGAACGGUUUGCAUGGGCAGUCAGAGUGAAAGGCUCACAGAGGCCUAAA